AUGUUGUUUCCCCAGGUUUCGGCCGCUACAAAAUUGCUGAAUGGUAUGAUUUAUACACUUCAAGAUGAUAAUAAACUCAUUGACAUACUCCACGAAUACAGGCAAGAAGUUUUACAACUAAAGCUGUUGGCUGAAGCAGAAUCCAAGUCAUCAACAGAAGAAAGUCUGAAAGUGAUUGAGAAAAUUCCAUGUGUGUUCGCUGAUGUCCCAGUCGAUGUUACUGAUGUUGACAGCUCUAAUCUUGACGAAUUCGAAAAAGAGUCAGCAGCUGGCCUCAGGGCGGUCCAACGUUCCAUCUAUCGGACAGACCUUCGGAGACAGCUGCUUUCUACGACCAAGCAGAAAAUGGCUGAUACAUCUGAGGAUGAUAAAUUCAUCAAGAACGAGCGCCUUGAGGAAGAUCUGGCGAACGAUUUACUCUCUAUGACCAAAUCGUUGAAAACAGUGAUGUCUGCCGCUGGAGAAGUGAUAAAAGAUGACAAUCAGAAAUUGACGAAGAUGCAGAAGCAAGUGGAAAGUAAUACUGCUGCGCUAGAGUUACAGAGCAAAAAGAGCAAAAAAAAAAGCAGGCCCGCCCCGGGCCUGCCGGGCCCUGCGAGAAAAGUCGAAAGCGCUCGGGCCGCCCAUCAUGCCUACAAAUGCGGCCUUGAUUGUAUGCGAGUCUUCCUCUUCAUGUUUCUUCUAAUGAGCUUCGUUUCAAUGGUUAUGGUUAUGAAAAUUUUUCCAAAACGGGCAACUUAUUAG